AUGUGGUUCAUCCCUCAGCCUCCUUACACUUAUCUUCAACCUCAGAGAAACCCUAAUCUCGUAUUCCCUCCAUAUUUGAGUGUGUUUGACCUUGAGAAGCUUGUAUUGGCAAAAGAAGGGCUUGAAGGAGAAAAGGGAAGUUGUCAAAGAAGAAGAAGAACGUGUGGAACUUGUGGAUCUGAAGAAAUACCACCCUUUGGAGCUGGUUUAAGCGACUACGGUAGCAGUGGUAGUGGUGGUGGUGACAACAGUGACGGUGGUGGUGAUGGUGUUGACGGUGGUGGUGGCGAUGAUGGUGGUAAUGGUGGUGGCAGCAACGAUAACGGUGGCGGUGGUAGUGGUGGUGGUGGCAACAACGGUGGUGGUUAUAGUAGCUAUGGGUGA